CUGCCAAUGGCAAUCUGGAGAUUGUUCAUCUCUCCAUCUUCGUCCCCUGCUGAAAGGUUGUCGCCACUGAACGAGCUGAGCAACAAGGCCAGGAAGAGGUUCAACACCUAAUGAAAGAAACACGAAGGAGGGAUGAGAGCAGAGAGAGGCUCUGAGACGAGGCUCUCCAGAACCUGCGCUGAGCCACAUCAUUUGGACGGCUACAGAAAAUCUGACCUGAGUCCUUCACAAAGAAAUCAACAGUCCAGCAGCUUUAAACAACGUAAACAAAUCGUCCAUGGGCUUGAAACCAAGAGAGAAGAGGAAGGUCUCCAUUUUCAGGAAAAUAAACACAAUAUGGACUCGGAGUAUUUAAAGAGACACCUGGGGAAAUGUCUGUCGGAAGGACUGGCUGAGGUGGCCGAGCAGCGGCCCGCGGACCCCGUCCUGUAUCUCGCCCACUGGCUGUACAAGUACAACUCCAACGUGGAGUACGACAAGCAGAAAAAGGCCAACUUGUCACUCCUGGAGCAGGAGAGGCAGGAAGCCAACGAGGAGGCGUUGCACCAGCAGAGGCUAAAAGAGGAGGAGCGAAAGAUUAGUGUGGAACUGGAAGAGUCUAAAAAAAUCCCUGAGAAGGAGCCUACAGGGGCUGAUGCAACCUCAUCAGCCACAACAGGAGCUGCUGAGGACAACAAACCUGUGACAGAUGAGAGACCAAAAACCUCUGAUCCAGAAAACCAGCAGGAAACAGUCGAACAGGAAACUGAAGCUGCAGGAAGUGACACUGAACAGGAGGUGAAGGUUACAGAUACGGUAACAGAUCCAGAGUCUCCUGAGAGAAAUCCUUUGGAGGCCAGUGGCCUCAGCACUGAGGUCAAAGAGGAGUCUGCAGAAAAGCCUGCUGAAAACAAUGAAGUGGAGCUGAAGAGCGAUGAAGCUGAAAAGAAAACAGAGGUCGCGCAAAGUGACGAUCAUGUAGAAGAGAGAAGCACCAAUCAAGUGAAAGAAGUCGACCAAGACGAGGACAAGGUGGUUGAUCAAGCUGACACCACCGAAUCUGAGCAGACUGAGAACAAAGACGCCGAUGACUUAAAAACAGACAAAUCAGAGGAGAUACAAGACACAGGAAGCCCUCGUUCCCCUGACCACCAACACACUGAGAAGCAGGUUGAUGAAGAUGAAGCUGGUCAUCCACAGAGCGAAGCAGCCGAACCAGAGGAGACGACAGAAACGGAACAUGAGACACAGAAGCCGGCUUCUCCACCUCCGCAGGACCAGGAGAAGGAUGCAGACGAUGAACACACAAGCGAGGCCGCUGAUAGCUCGGCUCCGGUUGACAGUGACGUAACAGCAGAGGAGAGACCUUUGACUUCACAGGGGGAGGCUGAAAACUCUCCUCCAAACAACGAAGACGUCCAGGAGAAGGAAGAAGAUAAAGAAGCAGACGAGACAUGAUCAAGUCAGUGGUGUCUGUCAAUCCACUGAUCCAACAUGAAGAUUAAAUACUUAAUUAGCUUCAUUAUACAUGGAAUUAGAUGAAUAUUUCCAUGCGGAUAUAAAAUAUGCACCAUGUUAACUAAAAUAAACAUUCUUGUUAUUUAUUCUGUUAUUUGUGCAACUCUGUCUCUGUUGUUUAGUGUUUAUGUCUGAUUAAACUUGAUCAGAGCAGGCGCAGUUUGAAAUCACGUAAAGAGGGUUUUAGUUGUGAUAUGACAUGUUUUUACUGAUUAACCAGCAAUAAAUAAACUAUUUCAAAUGA